AUGGUUCACUCUCGCUCCGUGCUUACAGCCGUUAUUGCUGUCGGAGUGGCUUCCUCUGUUCUUGCUAUUCCCGUACCACCUGCUUCUACCAAUACUGGAGGCCCCAACAAUGGUGUAACGCCAACACCUUCCAAUCUUCUUGUGUCAGGUCAAAAUGUCAUGCCUAGCUAUGCUUCCAACUCUCCUUCCCCCAAUGUCAAUUUUGUGUUGGGACAAUCAUCUUCGAAUGAUAGUCAGGCGCAAGGUUCUCCUAUCCCUGCAGGAAAUGUAAAGCGGGCUUUGGAGAGAGAAAGUCGAUAUCUCGAUAUCACCGUUCAAGACAAUGUCGACUCAGAGGAGCCCAACGAGGGUCUUACUACCAGUACCGUUCGUCGCGAAAUUCUCGAACGAGGUCCUGACUUCAAUAUCGAAACGGCGAUGGAAGAACUCGCGUCGACUAAGUAUGACUGGUCGAAGUUUUUGGAGAACACGCAGCAGGGACAGAUGAUCAAGAAGAUGGAUAAUGACUCUCAGAACAAUUGGAAAACGUACUUUCUUUCGGUGAAAACCAGCAGAGAACGUCCUACGAAUUCACGCGCUAGCGGUGCCCCUCAAUCUACUGCUGGUCCUGGUUCUCAGAGUCACAAUUAUGAAAAUCUUGGCGACAAGGACGUGAAAACUGGUGCAGGUCUCACUCCUCUGAUGCGCCGUGCUCGGUCGAGAGCUCGCGCUUCUCCUUAUAAUCAUGUCGAGGACUUGGAUUGA